GACAGAUCAGCCAUCAAUCCACACUCCUUUACUGAAGGGAUGAAGCUGGAAGCUGUGGACCCAGCAGCUCCCUUCACCAUCAGUCCAGCCACUGUGAUGAAGGUGUUUAAUGACCAUUUUUUUCUGGUGCAAAUGGACGAUAUGAGAGACGAGGCACAGAAAGAGGGAGGCGGACGCUCUUUCCUAUGUCACAGAGACGGUCCAGGAAUCUUCCCUACACAGUGGAGUCUGAAGAAUGGAGUCAAGCUCAGCCCUCCUCUAGGGUUCCAAGGUCAGGACUUUGACUGGGCAGACUAUCUAAAGCAGUGUGAAGCUGAAGCAGCCCCUCAGCAAUGCUUUCCUCCUGACCCUUCUGAUCAGUGCAUUAAAGAGUCCAUGAUGCUGGAGGCUGUUAACCCACUCUGCCCUGAAAACAUUCAUGUAGCAACUGUUACCAAGGUCAAAGGUCAACACAUGUGGAUUCGUUUGGAAGGUCUGAAGCAAGCCAUCCCAGAGAUCAUAGUUCACACAGACUCCAUGGAUAUUUUUCCAGUGAGCUGGUGUGAGACCAAUGGCUAUCCUCUUCUGCACCCCUGCAAGCCCAAAGUGGAGAAACAGAGAAAGGUUGCAGUUGUUCAGCCAGAGAAACACCGGGUACCAUCCAAAGACUCCUCACCUGAUACUACCAAACAACAGAUUAACAGCAGUCAGACUGAGAUGGGCCAGGCGAAUGGGAAGUACUGUUGCCCCAAGAUCUAUUUUAACCAUCGCUGCUUUUCAGGGCCCUACCUCAAUAAGGGCCGUAUUGCAGAGCUGCCGCAGUGUGUGGGACCUGGGAACUGUGUCCUGGUGCUGAAGGAGGUGCUGACACUGCUGAUAAAUUCUGCCUAUAAGCCCAGUCGAGUGCUGAGAGAGCUGCAGCUGGACCAGGAGGGCCGCUGGCAGGGUCAUGGAGAGACACUUAAAGCCAAGUACAAAGGGAAGAGUUACAGAGCGACAGUAGCGAUUGUUCGCACUGCAGACCAGGUGGCUGAUUUCUGUCGGAAAACCUGCAUUAAGCUGGAGUGCUGUCCCAACCUGUUCGGCCCACGAAUGGUGCUGGAGCGCUGCUCAGAGAACUGCUCUGUGCUCACCAAAACCAAAUACACAUAUUACUAUGGGAAGAAAAAGAGCAGGCGUGUGGGCCGACCUCCCGGCGGACACUCCAACUUAGAGGGAGGUGUGAAGAGACGAGGCAGGAGGAGGAAGAGGAGGAAGCAGCUCUUCGUCCACAAAAAGAGACGUUCUUCUGCUUCAGUUGACAACACUCCGGCAGGUUCCCCUCAGGGCAGUGGUGAUGAAGAAGAUCUGGAUGAGGAUGACUCUCUAAGUGAAGACACGGGCUCUGAACUGCAAGACGAGCUGAUGGAUGACUCUGAAUAUUCAGAGAAGAAGUCACAGCCCCCCACCCCCUCCCCUUCCCCUCCAGAAACCCCCCGUCCCACACGCAGACGGCGCAAAGCUCGCUCACCAUCCUGCUCGGAUGAUGAGAACAGACCUCCUUCACCCAAGAGUCCACGUACUGAAGUUCCUCCGAAGCUGUGUUUGGACAGCAGUCCACUGGAAUGGAGUGUCACAGAUGUUGUUUGUUUCAUCAGGACCACCGAUUGUGCUCCACUGGCACGCAUCUUUAUGGAUCAAGAAAUUGACGGUCAAGCGCUGCUUCUGUUGAACCUUCCCACUGUCCAAGAAUGUAUGGACCUGAAGCUCGGCCCCGCCAUCAAGCUGUGCCAUCACAUCGAGCGGGUCAAGCUAGCAUUUUACCAACAGUUUGCCAGCUCAGGUUGACAUUCUGUAGAGAAGAGCAGGGCAUUUGACAUUUUGGGUGACGUUCCUAAUGUUUGUGAUCUUCCUUGUGCUCUAUGGAUCAUAGAACCUUUAAAAUCACUUAGCGCUUUAGACGCCUCCCGUACCAUUAGAUACUGCUGGAGGGGUGAUUUUCAACAGGGUGAAUCUGGUACUUGUACAGCUGGGCUCUCCAUCUCAAAUUAAGCCUGGACUACUGUUAAGUUUGUGAUCUUUUUUUAAAGAUUAGUUCAGCUCAGGGUAAGGUUAGACCUGAGUCAGAGGAACUAGUCCAUUCAGUGUCUGCAACAAUAAGCAAAGCUCUUGUUUCUGAAACCUUUAUUAACUGUAGAGCGGAUGACAAUGCAAUUACCUUAAGCACAAAAAACAAUUGCCCAUGUACUGUAAGUGGUAUGCAAACGUGUACAUACAGGAGCGUGAAUGUAAAUACUGUAAAUAAGCAGAUGUUAAUUUUAGUGGGACUGAUUUAAUGCUCCCAUUUCGGUUUGGUUUUUCUAUAAAAAGCUUGGGAAUUACACUGUAACACAACAGUGUAAAAGAUGAGGCCAUUGUGGUUUCUGUAAAUACUACUAAUAAUUUGCUCAUCCUAACGAUGCAUUAUUAAAUAGAAGUGCAGAGUAAUAAAAAAAAAAUGAUGAGGUGUUAUGGUUAAGACAUAAGCACACAAAGAUUUCAGGUUAUGUCAGUGACUGUGAU